ACCGUGUCAGAAUACCGGGCCGGCCGCUCAGCUCUUCUCUGCAGCAGGACCUUUCCUGUUACUCGGUCCGCAGUCUCUUGGUCAUCCCUGUACUGUCUGCAGUCUCUGGUCAUCCCCUGUACUGUCUGCAGUCUUUUGGUCAUCCCUGUACUAUGUCCGCAGUCUCUGGUCAUCUCCUGUACUGUGUCCGCAGUCUCUGGUCAUCUCCUGUACUGUGUCCGCAGUCUCUGGUCAUCUGCCGUACUACGUCUGCAGUCUCCGGUCAUCUCCCGUACUGUGUCCGCAGUCUCUGGUCAUCUCCUGUACUGUGUCCGCAGUCUCUGGUCAUCUCCUGUACUGUGUCCGCAGUCUCUGGUCAUCUCCUGUACUGUGUCCGCAGUCUCUGGUCAUCUCCCGUACUGUGUCCGCAGUCUCUGGUCAUCUCCCGUACUGUGCCGCAGUCUCUGGUCAUCUCCCUACUACGUCCCGCAG